GUAAAACGAUGAUACUUCAUUAGUGAAACCACCAGAAUAAUCGUGAUUAUUGUUAUAAGUUACAUGUGAAAGGUACAAUCAAAGGCUCCAUACUAUUGCCACACCAAUGUCAUUAUAUUGGUCAUUAAUUCUUGCUUUAGUUAGCUAGCUGACUGCUGACUAACCGGACAUCUUUUAGUAGCGUUAGCUUCAUACUAGCUAGCUUGACAAUAGCUACCUUGUCGCUAAGGAAGUUUAUCCUUACGUUUCUGGACUAAAUCUCAACUUCUUUGACUUGGGGCUGGAAAAGUGGAAGCACAGCAGAGACUACAAAGCCGCUGGAUUCCCAUUGACACCGUGUGAGGAGGAUGUCUUCACCAGUAUACUACAACCAAGACAGUGUGACUCGUUUCAAGAAAAGAAAAGCUCGUUUCUCUUUCAGUGAAGUCCACAUACUCUUGGAUGAAGUGAGGAAGCAUCGUAUGGUUGUUGUGGGCAAAUUCAAUCGUGGGGUGCCAACAGAUGUGAAGAAACGCACAUGGGCAGAGAUUACAGCACGUGUCAAUGACAUCGGGGAGUGCCAACGCGAGGUCAUCGAGGUCAUCAAGAAAUGGUCGGAUCUAAAGUGUGACACCAAGCGGAAAGUGGCUGCCAUGCGGUCAGGGACAGUGCCCAACAGGGGCCUUAACUCUCGUCUCUCCCGAGACCUUAACCAGACUGAGAAAAUAGUUCUCCAGAUUCUGGAGAUGGACGAUGAAGACCAGUCAACAGGUGACUUUGGCCCACUGGGGGAUGACGAUGAUGUUCCAGAGGAGGAAGAAGAAAUGGAAGAGGAGGAUAUGAUUGGAAUGCAGAGUUCUCCUAAUGGUGCGUUGGACUUGACAUCUAUGCCCCCUCCAACAUCCUACUCCAUGAAGGACUCUUCACAACCUGCCUUUGAUGUGCAGUAUGAAGUACCUGGAACAGACGAUGCUGAAGCUGCAUUCGGAGACUCAGAUGACGACCAAAGGGAUGACAUGAUUCCUCCUGCUCCCGCUCCGCUUCCAAAACCGGCAGAAGAUCACCAAGGAAACAACGGCAUCCAGAAACAAGGACAACCUCAGCCGUCCACCGGGCCGUCAACAGCCACCCUUCCAACGCCGGGUCAGCCCUCGCAGAACACAAGAGAAAGCAUGCUACAAAAUGCAUCACUGAGCCUUCAAGAACAACACGCCACCAACAUCCUGCUGGAAACUGUUUCGCGCUCCCUGGAGCUUCUGUCUGAGUCGGUACAGCAGCUGGCAGAGACUCAGCAGGAGUUUGUUCGCGAGUCGCUGCAGCUCCAGAGGGAGACGGUGCAGGUUCUCAGAGACUUCACAGGCGGAGCCAUUGCGCUUAUGCAUGACAAACUGAAUGGACGGCCAGCAUUAUAGCAACAAAGUGUCACACAGGGAUCUUAAGUUGUAUCACUGACUACAUACAUGGCCUUCAGGUGCCGGAACUUUUUCAGUUCCUUUGGACUCCACUGCUGGUUACUGUAAUUUUUUGAUAGUACUCAACAGAUUUUUUGUUGCUCUAUUUUAAAACCGUAUACAUAAAAACAUUGUAUCGAUGGAGUUGCUGUCUUUGGGGUUACAUGAGAAAGGAUUGAGAAAAUAACCAACAAGAAAGAACACGUGGAGAGUUUUUUUUCUUUUCUUUUUUUGCUACUGAAAGUGAGACUCCUACCACUUAUAUUGUAAAGCAUUUUUAUUAAGCAUACUUCACAUUUAAAGCCUUUACAUUCUGUUCAUGUUGACAUGCAAAGAAUAAGUCUAUGCUUUUUAAAAGUCAGUCAAAUCCAUUUGUGUGUCCUUGUAUAAGUUGUAGUUGCAUCAGUGUCUGGAGAUUAUCACGUGUACUGUAAUGGUGAGUGGAUUUCCGCACCUGACCAUUAUAUGGUCUGUAUGUCUGAAAGCUAAACAAGGUGUGUUAGAUAUUUUUGAAAAUACCUGUAACUGAAUAAGUUGUGAUUGUCUGAUUUAGUUGUUUUUUUUUACAUAAUACAAACAUCAACACUUGAAUAUGAAAGUUUCAAUAAUUUCUUUUAAAUAUGAAUAAACACAUGUAUUUAAAAGGAAGAGAAGUCAUUGUUCAAGUGCUCUAUUGGACAUUCAGAAAUCAGGUGAUAAGAUUUCCUGUUGCUUUAUUGGCUUGUAGCCUCUGGCUUGAUGUAUUGUUGAUCUGAGUUAGCUAAAGAUGAUACAUUUUGAAUCAUCUUGUAUGAAUUGCUUCAUA